AUGGAUCCACGAGAUAUACCGAUAUCAGAAGAGGCUGGUCCGAAUAGUAUAAACACUUUUGGCGAAAACGAGACCCCCGGGAAAUCCGGGGAGAAAGCCGGCGAUAAUGAUUUACCCCCCACCGAGCCAUUGACGAAGCCCAAUGCUUGGAAAUACAUCAUUGAUGCUCUACUAUGGACACCGUCUUGGUGUAGAUGGCAUCCAGACAAUCCGCCCAAAUUUGGGUUACCACUCAAUUUCCUUUUUGCCUUUGCUGGAACAUUUACGGUUGCCAAUCUUUACUAUGCACAGCCUCUUUUGGAUACCCUUGCUACCUAUUUUGAUGUAUCCCAUGAACGAGCAUCUCUGGUUCCUACCUGCAGCCAGGCUGGGUAUGCAACAGGGUUGAUUCUUCUCUGUCCCUUGGGAGAUUUGGUCCGGAGAAGACCAUUUGUUCUUCUCCUAACAUUUAUAACAGCUACUCUAUGGAUCGGUUUAUGCAUCACAAAGUCUUUCAAUGUGUUUCUUGCCAUUAACUACCUUUCUUCGGUUGCCACCGUGACACCGCAAAUCAUGCUUCCCCUGGUAGGAGACCUUGCGCCACCCGCCCGACGCGCCACGGCACUAUCAAUCGUGUCCUCGGGACUCGUAUUAGGCCUACUAUUCGCCCGGCUUCUCGCCGGCAUAAUCGCCGCAUACUCAUCGUGGCGAAACAUCUACUGGCUAUCCCUCGCACUCCAAUACGCAAUCUUCAUCCUCCUUUGGGCCUUCAUGCCCGACUACCCCCGAACCAACACCGACAUCUCGUACUUCAAAGUCCUAACCUCCAUCGUGCAACUAUUCAUCACUUCCCCCGUCCUCGUAUACGCCACAUUCAUGGGCUUCUUCCUAUCAGCAACCUUCACUAGCUUCUGGACAACGCUCACCUUCCUCUUAUCCGGCGCACCGUACCACUACAACACAGUCACGAUCGGACUUUUCUCGCUAGCGGGCCUAACACCAUUUUUCCUGGGUCCCUUCUACUCUCGAUACGUCAUCGAUAAAUUCGUCACUCAUGUCUCCAUUCUUUUGAGCUUGACCAUCCUGCUGAUUGGAAUAUGCAUCGGCACGUAUACUGGCACUUUCACGGUCGCGGGCCCUAUCAUUCAACCGGCUCUCCAGGAUUUCGGGCUGCAAAUGACCCAGAUUUCAAACCGGGUGGCCAUAUAUAGCAUUGCGCCGAAGGCGCGCAGUCGGGUUAAUACGGCUUAUAUGAUUGGGGUUUUCUGUGGUCAGCUUAUGGGGACUGCGGUUGGAAAUAGAGUGUAUGAGCAAAGUGGGUGGAUUAUAAGUGGGUCUGUCAGUGUGAUCUUCGUUGCGGUAUCGUAUGCAAUUUUGAUGCUACGGGGGCCGGCUGAGACGGGCUGGGUGGGAUGGAGUGGUGGGAUGCGGAUCCGGAGGGUUGAAGUGCAAUAA